GUUUCACUUUAAAAAUGGCCGUUGUUUCAUAUCCAUGAACGCCGAAAUAUGAUCAAAACUAAUAAGCUGCUAAGGUUAAAAACGAAAACAGGCCGACUUCUUGAUGUUGUGCGGGAACACUAUUUGCGGAAAGAUGUUCCUUGCCACAGUGAAGUUUGUGCAGUUUGCGAACAAGGCAACGGAACUUUGCUUUGUAAAUCACUGACUCAUUACGUUGUUCCUGAUUGCCAGGUUUCAAGGCUGUUUCUUGAAAUAUUUGAGAGUGAAGAAAUUCAAGGAGUAAUUUUCUUUGAAACAGUGGUUAAUCAUGUCCAGCAUCAAGGAGGGAGAAAACUUCAAUCUCAACUAAAAGAUAUUGUGAACGAUAACAGGCAGCAGAGCAUCAUAUUCAGUAAUGAGUUCUGUGAUGGGGCUUAUGUUGCCAGGGAACCCAGGGAGUCUUUGGAAGAGUGGCAGUGGAGGUGCAUUUACACUGGUGCUGUUUGGUAUUAUAAUCAUUUAAACCAAGCUAUGCCCCUUGUGAUCUUAACAGAAGACCAGCAGAUUGUGGAAAAGUAUGGAAACAAGUCUGCAGGAGUGUUUAUCAUGAGAACUGAGGACUACCUUACUGAUUUCUAUCCCACUUGUCAAUCAAUUCUGGAGUUGUAUUAUUCUCUGGCUGCUGUAAAUAAUGAAGCAAAUGAAUCAGUGAGUGAAGCAUCCACAAAGGAAUAUCAAGAAUACUUACCAGCCGAAGUUCUUGAAGCUGGAAUUAAAGCUGGUCGUUUCUUGCAAGGAUGUCUCAAUGUCAACAAACAUUGUGCACAAGAUGAGGCAUUUGUUCAAAAGUCAGGCAAAGGUAUGUCAGACAGUAAGGACUCACUAGACUCUUAUGUACUCAUCACUGGCGUGGUGAACAG